UUUUUUUUAAAGUAGAUUAAUUAAUCUGCCAUAUAAACACACAAACGUCUGCACUGAGAAACAGAUGAAUACAGCAAGCUCUUUAUGUGCAGUAUUCUUGGCUGAUUUCACUGAGAAACAAUGGGAGUCUGGACUGUCUAUGUGUCUCUCUGUCUGCUCUUUGCUCUGAAUGCUUCAGCUUGUCAGAGUGGAUGGGCUCAAUUUGGAUAUAGAUGCUUCAAGGCUUUUAACUAUGACACAUCCUGGAGUGAUGCAGAGAUGACAUGCUUGAACUAUGGCGGGAACCUUGCUUCUGUACACAGUCAAACUGAGUACAACUUCUUAAGGGUCCUGAUCUAUAGUGACAAAUCAUUCUGGAUAGGAGGCUAUGAUGCUGUUUCAGAGGGAAAAUGGUUCUGGAGUGAUGGGACCAAAAUGAAUUUCAGACUUUGGAGUCCCAUAGAACCCAACAACGAAGGAGGUAUUGAGAACUGCAUUGAGAUGAACUUUCGAGCUACAGGACUAUGGAAUGACCUGGAUUGUAACAUUAAAAGACCGUUUGUGUGUGCCACUUCUGGCUGAUUGCUUCCCUGCAUGCCAUAUUAAAUCAGAAGUAUCAUGUCUAUUCAGUCUUAUUUUUAAAUCUUUUAAACAUUUUUAAAACAGUGCAAAUGUACCAAAAUCACUGAUUCUAAAUUUUUGCAUUUUUGCAUUGUUGAUUGAUGCCUUUGUGUUAAACAUCUUUCUUUCUGUAACUCAAUAAAACGAACAGCAUUCA